GUGUUGAUACUCACAUCCUGAAUCCUGGAACAAGCUGAAUCAGACCGAGGCUCUAUGGACACAGAGAGCAGCGUCUGUUCCAGUGUGGAGUUCUAAGUCCAACUUUUUUUUUCUUUUUUCAAAACAAACGUCUAUCAUGGCUUUAGUUGAAGCUCUGACGCCUUCUAUGUUCCAGAGCACCAAAACGAUGAGCGAUCUUUGUAAUCUGGAUGAGUGUGCGCGCAGCGACGCAACAGGGGGCCAAAGCGGCUCGCGCAUCGAGCUGGAGUUCAGCAUCGUCCAGUCUCCUUGUCUGCCCCCAAGAGAGGAAGACGAGCUUGGAAAAUUUGUGGACCUUGAGUUCAUUUUAUCCAACACGAUCGGAGCUGAUGUCGUUAACAGUGACUGUGGGAGCAUUUCACCCCCGCAGCAGCAGCAGCAGUGCGCGUACUCCCUCCCGGAGUCUCCAGACAGCUGCAGCGGUUGCGUGCCAGACUCAACAGAACAACCGUCUACUCACCUGACUCCUCAGAGCUAUCAUGGCUUCACUGGAACGAGCCCGGUGCGCAGCCUGAUGGCGGAGCUUCUCACGCCUGAGAUGAGUUAUCCAGAAGGGAGCUCACCGGACCGGCCGGGCGAGUACACCGAGCUUCGGGCUUUAAAUUCGGUUGCAUCUGGUCCAUCUCCGCCCCCCCUUGGAUAUAAAGUUAAAACCGAGCCGGGGGUUCAGUCUUGUAUGAUAGCGGCUGGAGGGGACUUUUCUGAACAAGUGUUUGACAAACAACAAAUGCGCUCAGUGCACCCAGCUGCGUUUGCGCACCAACGCGGUGUUCCAGGUGCUUUGCAGGGCUUUGGAGCUCACACUAUCCACCAGGGACGCGCAGGCUGCAGCAUGCCGCAAAUGAACAUGAGCUCCCAUCACCACCAGCAUCCCAAUCACCUGCCUAACCAGUACCUGAACGCGCCGUACCACCCUCAGUACGCGCACCCAGGAGCGCCACAGUUCCAGGGACAGUACAGCGUGCACAGGGAGUCGCUGCACGUUCAACAUCAUCCUGCUAACAUGCAGGGAAUGAUGCUCACCCCUCCGUCAUCACCACUGCUGGAGUUUUACGCGCACGAGGAGGCGGGGUGCAUCAAGCAGAAGCGAGGGCGCAAGCCGUGGACCAGAAAACGCGCAGCCACGCACAACUGCGAGUUCCCUGGCUGCGGGAAGACCUACACCAAAAGCUCCCAUCUUAAAGCCCACAUGAGGACCCACACAGGUGAAAAGCCUUAUCAUUGUAACUGGGAAGGCUGUGGCUGGAAGUUCGCCAGGUCAGACGAGCUGACGCGUCACUUCAGGAAGCACACCGGGCACAGACCGUUUCAGUGUCACCUCUGUGAGCGAGCCUUCUCCCGCUCAGACCACCUGGCGCUCCACAUGAAGAGGCACAUGUAGGCCUCUCCAGACUCUAUCCACCAUGGGAUCACUGACUCAGCUCCUCUCCGCUGGACUGUCGUCUGUAUUUUUGUACAAAAUAAUGGGAAACAGGUUAUAUAGAAGUGCCUCACUCCCCACCAACUAAAGUGCCUCUUAUGUUUUUUUUUAAUUUGUAUAAAUUUGUCCAAAAAAAAAAAAGGAAAACACUGGCUAAGUUAUAGUAGUUUAGUAUUUAAGACAUAUUUUCAUCCUGUCAUUUUAAUAAGUUAUUGACUGUUGGUGAGUGCCUUGCUUGUUUGCGGCUGUGGGCAGGACCCAGAAUCCUCUACAUGAAUGUAUUUCUCAAGGUUUGUGAUUUUACAUUUUACAGAUCAGCGUUUCACUGAUUCAGUCAUUCGUCUGCUCUGUUUUCGUCAUGUAGAAAACACGACAUAUAUAUUUGCUAUGCAUUGGGCAACUUGUUUCAGAGAUGCCAACAAAUUCAGGUACUAAAACUCCUUUUGUCACUGCCAGAAUUUAUAUAUGAGUUGGUUUAUAUAUUCACAGCUCAUUUUGUAUGGUUGCAGAUGUAAACAUGGAUUUAUUUUUUUUAUUUUUUGAGAGAAUCUUUUUUUAAAGAUUGAAGAGUCCACCGUUGCUAAGGGUUAAACUGCUUUACUUGAAACUGAACUGUAUACUUGUUCACUUCUGAUGAAAUGCAACAGUUUUAUAUAAACAUGCUCAACGGCUCAAAAAUAAAAGUACUUAUGUUUCACUUUA